AUGAAGUACAUGCUGCUGGACAGCAGCAAACUGAUUGGACAUUUGGAGGAGUACCUUUGUACUUUACGGCUACCAGUGGGAUUGCUGCCUCAGCCCAUCAGCCCAAAGUACAAGACCGCCUUAGUACAGAUCUAUGUGCCCAGUCAACCCUUCGGAGGAUCUGACAAGAGCAACAGUGGCCAUCGCUAUGAUACAAUUCCAAUUGCCAACGGCAUGAUUGCAUCGGGAAUGAGCUGCCAGCUCAUUCAUUAUGUUCCUGAGGAACAUGAUGCCUUCGUCAAAGCUAUGGAGGGCUUCGAUGCGAUCAUCGUGCGCUGCAACCCUGGGCAGAUCAAUGCUGCGGGAGGUGAACAAACGAAGUUCGACGAUGCCAUGAGGGCGUUGCAGAAGAAAGGUAAACAGGUGUGGCCUUCCCCGGACGUGAUGACCAACAUGGGCGCCAAGGAUGCCUUGUGCAAGAUCGCCAACUUGGGCAUCGGCUUGAUCGACACCUUCGCUUACUACAGCCCAGAGGAGUUCGCGGCCGGCUUUAAGAAGACCAUGGCAUUCCAACCUCGGGUCAUCAAACAAAACCGAGGCUCAUCAGGUGAAGGAAUCUGGAUCAUCAAACUCAAGAGCGAGAACUAUUGCAAGAACUUUGGAGAUCGCUCCUGCACUGACGAUGAGGUCUUGGAGAUGAUGGAGGCCUGCGACAACCAUUCGGAGACCCACACCGUGGCGGAGUUCAUUGAGUUUUGCGUCAAUGGGCGCACCUCUAAGAGCGGCAAGUGGGACACUGUGGGGACUGGAAAGUACUUGGAAGGUGGAAAGGCGGCGGGAGGUCAACUGGUGGACCAACGCUUCUGCCCACGGAUCGUGGAAGGUGAAGUGCGAAUGAACAUGAUCGGAGACACCUGCACCGGCAUCAUCCACAAGAAACCCAAGGCAGGCGGUAUCUCAGCAGUGGGUGGCACGGGGUCGAUCUACACCUUCUAUGGCCCAGAUGCGCCCGAAUUCAAGCAGCUUUCAGAGGACUUCCUGAAGAACUCCAUCCCAACUCUCAUGGAGAGUUUGGAUUUGAAGGGCGAGCCAUUGCCCUUGUGGUGGACAGGCGAUUUCAUCAACGCGGACCCAGGAAAACCCGGAAGCCCCUGCACCAUUGACAAGUGGAUCGUCGGUGAAUUCAACUGCUCCUGUGUGGGUAUCUCCAAGUGUUUGCCCGCCUAUUGCAAUGCAGAGAAGCCCAAUGCCAGCGUCUAUGAUAUCCCCGUGAAGGACUUUGUGGAGGCCACGUACCUUGGCAACUUGAUGGGUCAGAAGGCUUUGGCCAUUCUCGACGGACAAGGCGCCAAGAUGUCGCCCAACGCCACGAAAGUGCUCAGUCGCAUCGAAGCAUUGCGCGGCGCGGCGAAGGCGGGCGUGCUCAGCAGCGAGGAAGCAGGCAGCAUGCUGGACAAGCUCUUUGACGUUUGAAGGAUUGCAUCCUAAUUGCGAUGGAAGGAUGCCAAUCUUUUUUCAAAAUCGUUUCGGAUAUGAUUCCAAUAAGGCAAUAGCUAUCAAAAAA